UGGGCGUCGUCACUCCUGUUGAUAAAGACUUUUCCCCAGUCGCACUGUCAGUGUUGAGCUGAACUGAAGUUUUUUCAACUGAUUCUGAGACAGCCAGAUUACGACACCAUGACUUCUCCUGUCAGAAGACUCCUUGCUUGGACUUGUGGUUUUAGUCUCCUCCUGGGUUGCGAGUUCGAACCGAUCCAAGUUGGGGAAAAUGUCACUUUACCAUGCGGCUUUUUGCCUGAACAAGCACCUGACAUACGUCUAGUAUGCUGGGGUAGAGGAGUUUCGGAGUUCCACAAUUACUGCACUGAUGAGAUGUUCCGGUCAAAUGGGUACGUGAUUUUCAAAAGACCGUCUGGGCGCUACCACUUCUCAGGCAACAUUUCCGAGGGCGAUGUGACAGUGACCAUCAUGGACGUCAAUGAGGAUGACUCUGGAGAUUAUUUCUGUUUGAAGAGGGGCCGAGCUCUCUAUCAGUUGUCGAAGUGGCCUGUGAAGAUAGAAGGACCCCCCAGAGAGGCCGUGGCCCCCUCCUCCAUCCAGACAGCACCAACUCCCAUCAUGGCCACCACGCCCUCCACUGCCAACGAGACCGAGAGUGAGACAACAAUUGUGGUGGCUUCCACUGUGACACCCCUUGUUCUGGUGAUGCUGACUGUUGCCCUGGCUGCCACAUGGUACAUUAAAACACGGACAGGUGGAGUAAACUUGGUCGCGAGGGUAUGGAGCCUACUCCAGGAAAUGCGGAGAACACCCUGGACUGGUCGCGAGCCAAUGGCAGUUUAUAGCGUGCAGGCCAGUAACGGAAAGGGUGUGGAAUUCAUUAGGAUGCCGUAUGGUCCAUUCAAAGGGCCUUGAGUGAGCUCGAGCCUAUCCCUGCUGACUUUGGGCGAGAGGCGGAGGACACCCUGGUCUGACAUGCUAACCACUCGUCCACCGUGCUGCACCUUCCUAGAUGAAUCAUUACAAUCACUUGGUGGAGAAGCUGUGAUUUCGAUAUUAAAAUUGGGUUCUGUUUGUUCAAGUGAUCAUGAUAAAACCUACUCUUUGACAAGCACAAAAUGAUUUGAAAAGGAAUUUUCUUCAUUGAAGAAUAUUGUAUUAUUGCUGUGAUUUCAGGUUUUCUUUGAUGCUCAUCUCCUUUAUCGUGUAUUUUAUCUACAGAUAAUUAUGAAUUAAUUAUUAAUUAUUGUGAGCGUGCAGUAAUUCAAUUUUACAACAUAACUGGAUUAUAGUAACUUUGUUUAUUUUGAGUUUGCAGUACUCAGAAUAUCUUCAAUAUUUGGAUUACAGUAACUUGUUUAUAUUAAGUAUGGAGUAUGGAGUUCAAUGAAUUAGAUGACAGUAAUUUAUUUCCUGUGAGCUUCCAGUACUGCCUCUAAUAGUGCAGUCUCAUAAUAGACACAACUUUGAUUAGUAUCAUUGGUAACAUUUCAAUACCUCAUUUUACACAUCCCACUUUCCCUAUUUUCUUGAAUUAUACAAACUCAACAUUUCAAUGAAAUUUAACCAUCUUAGGAUGAAAACCUCCUGGGUCAAACUGACCCAAUCUGUUUUGACUGGUCCUUCUUUCCUCCUUUCCUCCUCUGACCCCCAUCCCUCCUUCCUUCCUCCCUGCUCCUCUUUUUCUAUUUCCUUUCUUCCUUCAUCUUUCCAUUUUUCCUUCCUUCUGCCCUCUUCUCUCUCCUUUCCUUCCUUUCUUCCUCCCUUCUCCAUCCUCUCCUUUCCACACUACUUUCCUUUAUUUGUUGCUCCCUUCCUCCGUCCUUUGUUCCUCCCUACUUUAAUUUCCCUUCCUCUCUUUCCUUCCUAUUUCUUUCUUUCCUCUUUAUUUCCUUCCUUCCUUCUUUGACCCAAGAGGACAACAGAAGGGUUUAAAUAAAAUGCCCUUGGUCAUGCAUUUCAUUGAGCACUCACUUGAAAUGUGCUAGCUAGCAUACUGUUGGACUUUGUUGUUACUAAGCACGACAGACUGACAACCAAAUAAAAAUCUGUUGAAAUUGA